AACAAUAAUAAAAAUAAAAUUAUAAGAUAGAGAAACUAACAACACAACACACACUAUAUUUCAUACAUAAAAAAACACCGCAAAUAAAAGUAGCCGCAGAACCAUCCUCGCUUAUCUCUCUAUCUCUCUCUAACCUUUCAGUUCAGUUACACUAAAUCAAUGGGAGAGGAAGAAAAGAAACCAGAGGAAACUAAAGUUGAGGAGAAAAAACCAGAAGAACCGAAGAAAGAAGAAGAGAAGAAAGAAGAUGAAAAAGCCACAGAGGAGAAAAAGCCGGAGGAAUCUAAGGAACCGGUUGCCCCGCCGGAAAUUGUGCUUAAAGUUUUCAUGCAUUGUGAAGGCUGUGCUCGUAAAGUUCGUCGUUCACUCAAAGGAUUUCCAGGUGUUGAAGAUGUUGUAACUGAUUGCAAAUCUCACAAGGUUGUUGUGAAAGGAGAGAAAGCGGAUCCAUUGAAGGUUCUAGAAAGAGUACAAAGGAAGAGUCAUAGGCAAGUUGAGCUUCUUUCUCCGAUCCCGAUACCACCGUCGGAAGAAGAUAAAAAAUCGGAAGAGAAAGAGAAACCUAAACAAGAGGAAGAGAAGAAAGAAGAGCCUCAAGUUAUCACAGUGAUUCUGAAAGUUCACAUGCAUUGUGAAGCUUGUUCACAGGAAAUCAAAAGACGCAUUGAGAGAAUCAAAGGAGUGGAAUCAGCAGAACCGGAUCUGAAGAACUCACUAGUGACAGUGAAAGGAGUGUUUGAAAGUGAGAAAUUAGUUGAAUAUGUUUACAAGAGAACCGGAAAACAAGCGGUGAUAGUGAAACAAGAGGCGGAGAAGAAAGAAGAAGCGAAAGAAACAAAGGAAGAAGAGAAGAAAACUGAGGAGAAGGACAAGAAUGAGAAAGGAGGUGGUGAAGGAGAGGAAAAGAAAGAAGCUGGAGAAGGAGAUGAAAAAUCAGAUGGUGGGGGUGGCGGUGGUGGUGGUGCUGCAGAAGAAACCACGGUGGUGGAAGUGAAGAAAAAUGAAUAUUAUUAUAAUCCACCAAGGUAUGGUAUGGAGUUUUAUGCUUAUCCUGGACCAGUUUACCCUCCACAGAUUUUCAGUGAUGAGAACCCCAAUGCUUGUUCUGUAAUGUAAAAAAUUAUUCAAGAAUGGAAAUGGUAAGGGUAAUAUUGGAAUUAUGAAAUUUAGACUCUAUGAGUGAAAUGUGUUUGUGAUAGCCAUAUCCUGGGUAAGAUGUGCCCUAUGUACUUUUCCCUGCAGUAGAAAAGUGUAAUCUACAGAUAACUGUAGAGUUUUGAAAUGCUUGUACUUUUUUUAUUUAACCAAAAUUAAUUGUUAUAUAUGAAAAAAUAUAUAAAUAAUUAAAGUGUUUUAUCUUUA